GGAGACGAAGUGUGCGCCAUUCUUAAUGGGUCGAAGGGCAUGCCGUUAGGGUAACAAGGCUGGAGGGGGGGGGGUCGUGUAGUACUGCGACGCUACAGCCGCUGGCCUCAUCCUAGUAGGGACAACGCCCCGCCCAAGCAGACGUCAUUACGCAAGCAAUGGCGGACGUUCACCGACGGAAACAUGUCCAAAGUGAAAGAAAAACAGAUAAAGUCGCGCCGGGUGAGGACAACGGCGACGGGACAGCUGGCCCAAGUUCGACAGUAAUGCCGAAGCUGCUGACUGCCGGAUUUUACGGACUCAGUUCAUUUCUAAUAGUUGUAGUCAACAAAAGUGUCCUCACCGGCUACAGAUUUCCCUCAUCAACAUGUGUUGGAAUCGGGCAGAUGCUGGCUACGAUUGUAGUUCUGAGGACUGCAAAGGCAUUGGGUGUUGUCAAAUUUCAAGAUAUGGAUUUGAAAAUACCGAACAAGAUAUUUCCUCUGCCUCUUUUGUAUGUGGGGAAUCAGAUAUCAGGGCUGUUUGGGACACAGCGGCUCAAUCUCCCCAUGUUUACAGUUUUAAGGAGGUUCUCUAUUUUACUUACCAUGGUGUUUGAGGGAGUCUUACUGAAAAAGACCUUCUCCAGGUCUAUCAAGUUAACCGUCUUUGCCAUGAUCUUUGGUGCUUUUAUUGCUGCAAGUGCUGAUUUGGCCUUUGACCUUCAUGGUUAUGUAUUCAUAAUGUUGAACAAUGUUCUGACUGCAGCCAGCGGGGUGUAUGUGAAACAGAAACUUGAUUCCAAGGAGCUAGGGAAAUUUGGGAUCCUCUACUACAAUGCUUUGAUCAUGAUUUUCCCCAUUGUGGCAUAUGCCUACUACACAGGGGACCUGCAAAUGGUGCUAGAGUUUGAUAAAUGGUCUGACAUGCUGUUUGUUGCACAAUUUGUGCUUUCCUGUGUAAUGGGCUUCGUUUUAAUGUAUUCCAUAGUGCUUUGCACCCAGCACAACUCUGCGCUAACCACCUCCAUCGUGGGCUGUAUUAAAAAUAUUCUGGUCACGUACAUCGGAAUAGUGUUUGGUGGAGACUACAUAUUCACCUGGACCAACUUCAUUGGUCUGAACAUCAGUAUUGCAGGAAGCCUGGUUUAUUCCUUUCUCACCUUCACCGAGGAACAAUCAAAAAAGGCAUAAUCCAUGGAGCUACAGGAACGCCUCAUUCCUGAAGGUUAUUGCAAAGCUAUGUACUGAAUACAUUCCAGCAUGUGAAGGUACAGUGUCUUCAGAAAGUAUCUACCUCCCAUUCAUUAUUUAGUUUUGCUGUGUUGCAGAAUGAAUUUCAAAAAAAUUAAUUUUUUUUCUACCCCUAUAGAAGUAAUUCUCUAUAAUGUCAAAAUGAAAUAAAGCAUUUAGAUCUUCAGAAUCAAUAUAAUUCCUAAGAUGUGGGGGUUGAAUACUUUUGUAAAUGAGCUUUUUGCUUCAUAAAUGUGUUGAAUUUAUUGUCUUGUUGAAAGGGUUUUUUUGUCUUUGAUGCAUUUAUAAUUCGGGGGUUUAGCAGGAACAAAAUGUGAGAGUUUAAGUAAGUGAAAACUUUUUGAAGGCACUGUAUUUAUCCAUCCAUUAUCCAAGCCACUUAUCUGAAUUCGGGUCGUGGGACGCUGAAGCCUAUCCCAGCAGUCAUUGGGCAGCAGGCAGGGAGACACCCUGUAGUAUGUUUAGUAUGGCCGAUUCACCUGACCUGCAUGUCUUUGGACUGUGGGAGGAAACCGGAACAUCCGGAGUAAACCCACACAGACACGGAGAGAACAUGAAAACUCCAUACGGAGGACAACCUGGGAUGACUCCCAAGGUUGGACAUCCCCGGGGUUCGAACCCAGGACCUUCUUGCUGUGAGGCAACCACGCUAACCACUGCGCCACUGUGCUGCCCACUGUAUGUAUUAAUGUAUGUAUUUGUGAAUACACAUAUAGUACAUGCAUAGUUUGUUUUAGGUCAUGUUGCUCAACACGACAAUCAUAGAUGGAUGUGUUUGCUCUCGAUCAGAUCAUUAAACACAUGGAUGAACGUGCCUGAACAGUGCCUGUAAGAAAUGCAAAUGUAUAAGCUUAUUUGUCAUGAAAUUUAGUACUUAUGUUUUUCAACAGAUUUUUAUCAAGAAGGCACAGAAAUCUAAUCUUUUUAUUUUAUUUUGUUUUAUUUUUUUGCUGUAACAGAAAAAUUUCUUUUCACUGCCUGGCCACCAAAUAAAUGACUACAGAGUA